AUGUGGAUACGCGUAACGAUCGCCUUUCUUCUAGCCUUUGUGGCGGCAGUUUUGGCCCAGAACGAUGGGCGCUAUCGUCCUCCGCCCACGCAGGCGAGUGCCUCCGAUGGACGCUAUCGCGGUGGCAACGAUGGACGCUAUCGUGGUGGAGGCGAUGGUCGGUACACUGGCGGUAAUGAUGGCCGCUAUGUCCACACGGACAAUAAAUACGUGCACGACAAUCGUCCCGAUGCGGGUUACACUGGAGACCAAGGUCGCUAUGUGAACGAUAGGAACAGGGGAGGAGGCGGAGGAGGCGGUGGUGGUGGCGGAGGAUCUGGGGCGGGAGGUGGUGGAGCACCCGUGGCCGCACCCACAGUCACAGCCAGACCAGCGCCAAGACCCACCACUGCACCACCGCCUGCGGUGAUCGAUCCCACUGCCAAUUUGCCCAAGGGAAAAGGCACCGGCGAAGGCGGCAAUGGCUGGGCCAUCAUCCGUCAGGAGGACGACGUGGAGGUGGAUGGCUAUCACUAUCUUUGGGAAACGGAAAACGGCAUUCUGGGCGAGGAAAGUGGACGCAUCGAAAAGCUGACCGAGGCGGAUGGCCUGCGCUCCAAGGGAUUCUACGAAUACACUGGACCCGAUGGCAUCCUCUAUCGCGUGGACUAUGUGGCGGAUGACAAUGGCUUUGUUCCCGUGGCCGCCCAUCUGCCGACACCACCACCCCCACCGCCCUAUGUGGAAAAAUUGUUGGCCUUCCUGGAGGCAAAUGCCAAGGAAAAGAAAUAAAUUGUGAAACUGUAAAUGUCUGAAGUUUAAAGAGAAUAAAUAGUUGUGCCAUUCAAA